AUGCCCCCGCGACCUUCUGAUCGCAACAUGCCUGCCAUCAGUUCUCCUCUGUCUCCCAGGUCCCAGCCUCUCGACAUCCCCUCCCAGGCUCGACGACGGCCCGCCAUGAACCCUCGCCAGUCCAGCAACCACGGCCCUGCCGCCCAUCUGAGGCUCCCUUCACUGCCUCGCUUCCACCCAGCAAACUAUGCUUCCUCGCAAACCUCGGCCCACUCGAGCCAGGCCAACACGCCUGCCUCUGGUCCCGACAGCCCCCACUCACCUGCCUCGCCCCGCUCCACCAACCGCCAGUUCGAGGUCCAACGACAAAUGUACCUCUACCAGCAGCAGCUCAUUGCCAACACCACUCGCCAGCACAAGGGCUUUGGGCCCAAGCCAACCAGUCCCCGUCUCGAGCCUCUAGCCAGCCCGGGAGCAGUCACGCCUCUCGAGCUCGAAAACGAAGUCGGUGGCUACCUCACGGCUGGUGUGAGCAGGGCCGAGGCCGACCAACACGUCGACAAGUUUAUCCGCGACGAGGCUCGUCGCCGGGGCGAGUACUCUCCUGGCAGGACCGCCUCUGUCGGCGGCAGGUGACUUUAGCAGCCACCAUCAACAACAAGCGCCGGCGCCGCCUCUGCCAAAACAUCCCAAAUAGGCCGCCCAGACACGAACACGAAACCAAUAGUCACAUUGCCCAGUUUUUUUUUCCAUUUGGGUAUUUCACCACGGAGUUUAUCAUUUCCCUUUUUGGCCACUACAAGGAGCAUCGACGGCGUUCAUCCUCACCACCACCACUCUCCCAACAAAACCUACACAAAAUCAAGGAACCAGGCCAGAUACACCACCAUAGAAAGGCAUGGUCAAAUGGCCCCCCCCCAUUCUUGCAAAUCAUGGACGCA